UAAAUUUCACCCUCUCGCUACCCUCCCCCUCUCCCGCCGCCGCCCCUCUUCUCUCCUCUGCCCACAAAACCCUAGCCGUCGCCUCACAGCUCGCCGCCGACGCAGCGAGCUCUCCCUCCACCGCCGCAACCAUGGCGACCCAGAUCAGCAAGAAGAAGAAGUUUGUGAGCGAUGGCGUUUUCUACGCCGAGCUGAACGAGAUGCUGACCCGGGAGCUUGCCGAGGACGGCUACUCCGGCGUGGAGGUGCGCGUGACGCCGAUGCGCACGGAGAUCAUCAUCAGGGCCACGCGGACGCAGAACGUGCUUGGUGAGAAGGGCCGCAGGAUCAGGGAGCUCACCUCCGUCGUCCAGAAGCGCUUCAACUUCCCGGAGAACGGCGUUGAGCUUUACGCCGAGAAGGUCGUCAACCGUGGCCUCUGCGCCAUCGCCCAGGCCGAGUCACUCCGCUACAAGCUCCUCGGAGGCCUUGCCGUCCGCAGGGCUUGCUAUGGUGUUCUUCGCUUUGUUAUGGAGAGUGGUGCUAAGGGUUGUGAGGUCAUUGUGAGUGGCAAGCUCAGGGCCCAGAGAGCCAAGUCGAUGAAGUUCAAGGACGGCUACAUGAUCUCAUCUGGUCAGCCCGUCAACGAGUACAUUGAUGCUGCAGUUAGGCACGUUCUUCUCAGACAGGGCGUUCUUGGUAUCAAGGUGAAGAUUAUGCUUGACUGGGACCCCAAGGGCAAGCUUGGCCCUACCACUCCGCUGCCUGACCUCGUCACCAUCCACCCCCCGAAGGAGGAGGACGAGCUGCGCCCCCCGGCUUUGGUUGAGGUCUAAAGUCCCAGUAGAGCAAGCAGACCAUGAAACGUCACAUCAUUUUGGUCGUAGCUAGUUUUCUAUCCCUGUGAUAAGCGAGGGCUAUGCAACGCUUGGUUACCUAUCUUACUUUUUAAUGGACAAAAGUUUCUGUGUAAUGCUGCUAUGUUAAUUUCGUUUAAACUAAGUUUUGCUGAAACGAGCUAUGUAUUGCCUGAAACCUUUGUAUGGAUUGAUUCUGGCCAGCUAGUGUGUUGCUGUUCCGUUUGUGCCA